AUGAUGACAACUGCGACAAGUGUUUUUGAUUGUCCAACUCUAGAACAAGCCGCGAUUAUAGCGUCUGUGCAAGAAUCAUCGGCAACAACCUUCAUAGCUUUGACAAAUCAGAAUGACAUUUUAUGGAAGGAAGCAUAUGAGAAAUUUAAGCGCGAAGAUUCAAAUCUAUACAAGCGAUUGCAGUCGAUCAUAAAAAAGGAUUCUGAUGUCAAAAACAAUGUGAGACAAGAGCAAGAGCUUGGCGACUUACUUUUUAGAAAGCGCAGUAUAAUGGAGGACAAGCAAUGGGUAUUAUAUUGGCGCAAGAAAGCAAUUAAAAUUGGACCACAGUUUGAUAAGAUUGUCAAAAUCUUCAAAUUAAUCAAGCCAAUUGGAGACACAGCCGCCGGACUUGACCCCGUUCAUGCGGGAAUUCCAUGGGCCUGUGUGUCUGUUUUAUUACCGCUCAUUUUGAACCAUUCCGAAGAACAGGAGGCAGCAUUGAAUGGGCUACAAAAAGUUGUAGAGAUCGUCCAAGAAUUUACGAAAGAUGAAUGGAAAAAGUUGCUCAGCGAGAUCGAAGAUUACAGGGACAAUUCUAUGACCAAUCUACAACUAAAUGACUCACAAAACCAAAAGCGAUUCGAGAACGAACUACGAGAGCAGAUUCUACAGCCAGACAGGACAGAUGACCAAAAUCUCGAAGUAAUUCGAUGGGUAUCUGAUAAACCAUACAUCUCACAGCAUUACACUGCUCGACAAUUACUUUCGCAGUACCCACAUGCUGGAGAAUGGAUUAUCGAGGAAUAUACCAAAUGGCUGCAUGAAAAUGGAGCGCCUGCUUUUUGGCUGCGAGGGACUAUUGGAACUGGAAAGACUUCAAUUAUGUCUACCAUCAUUGAAUCGUUCUAUUCUGAUGUAGCCAGACAAGAUGAUCAGCGCAUGAUUUAUUUCUACUGUAUCUCGCCAACAACAUCAGAUGAUGUCAUUCGAAGUCUGGUGUCCCAGCUGGCAUGGACUCCAGAUGGCAACGCAAUAGAAGCUAGAAUCGUUGCUAUGUUUGAAAGUGCGAAACCACCUGACCCUACUAUACCGAUAACCGAUGAGUGGUCGGUUGCGCUUCUAAAAUUGUGUCAACGAGUCAGUAAAGUCAUCAUCGUCAUAGAUGCCCUUGACGAAUGCGUUGAUUUCAGCAAGCUUCUAGCAACAUUGAGAAAGCUUCAGGUCAAGCAGCUUGAUGGUAUCAAGUUUGUUUUUUCAAGUCGAUUGAAUGUAGAUGUGGACAAGGUGUUCACUGCAUCAGAGGGUGUUAUUUUGGCCACUGAAGAUACAUUGAAGGAUAUGUCUGAGUACAUUGAGAACGAAGUAAGAUUUAGAGAGGAAGACAUUGAUUCUAAUGACGAGGAAACCAAGCGAAGACUCAUGGAUCAGAUAGUGCGAGUUCUAUCGAGAUUUGCGGGUGGAAUCUGGGUUGUAUGCCUAUCCGACGCAAGCAGAGUGACUGACUCAAUCUUAGGUUCAAAUGGGUCACCUUGCAACUUGCAAUAA